AUGCACACAGAACAAGAAGUUACUUAUUGUUAUGGAAUAUUACCUCAAUCAACUAGUCCUUUUUUACGAUGUGAUGUUGAAACAGACCUUGAACAGCUUUGUUUCGUAUUGUUGGGUGUAUGGGGUGUGGCUAUUCCUGGUCUUAUUAUGCGAAUGAUAGGUGAUAUAGAUACAACGCCAAAUAUUAAAGUAGAGAAAGAACUUUUACAAAGUAUUUCUGAUGCUGCUGUUACAUCUGAUGCAUGGAUUAUUACAAAUGGGUACAAGGAAGAGAGUAUUUCGGAAUUAGUUGGUGAAGUAAUGUACAAUUGUCGAAUGAAUAAUUCUCAUAUAAACUUCAGCGCAAUUGCUGUUGGUAAAUGGGGCAGUAUUCAUAAUUGUCAUAAACUUGAUGAAAGGUUUGAUCAAUUUAUUU